CCAACAAAAGUGAUCAGUGCUAGGAUUAUUCAAAUUAAAUGUCAGUGACAACCAUGCUGAAUGACUGACAGUAGUGUUCAGUAUUAUACAAGAAUUUUUCUUUUGAAUGUCAGAAAACUGUUACCAGUGACGGUAGUGAUUUAAGUGCUAGGGAUAUUCAAGUUGAAUGUCAGAAAACUGCUGCCAAUGAUAGUAGUGGUUAGUGCUGGGGAUAUUCAAGUUGAAUGUCACAAAACUGCUACCAACGAUAGUAGUGGUUAGUGCUGGGGAUAUUCAAGUUGAAUGUCAGAAAAAUGCUACCAAUGACAGUAGCGAUCAGUGUUUAUAAUAAGUGAAUGUUGCAUAAUUAUAUUUUGUAAAUAACUGUACUGAUUUUCAGAUACUGACGGUAUAUUCAUAUUUGUUUUAUAUCUUUAAUUUAUGAACCUGCUGGCACUUUCUUUCAUUUGAAAAGAUGUUUGUAAUUUAUGAGCAAGUAAAACUGUGCAUAACCCAUGUUCACCGGAGUAGAACCAACUUGAAUUAAAUAACACAUGUCCUCUGUGUGGGACUGCUGUUGUAUAGUCUUAUGGAAAUAAAGAUGACAGGAACCAAAUGGUUAUUAUAUAUAUCCUGAUAUAUAUAUAUCUUAGAACUUGGUGACUAAUAGUUUCGUGGGAGUCCUAAUUUCAUAGUUGAUUUUGAAAACUUACAAACAUUUUGUGGUUAAUAGUAUUGUAAAUUAUUAAAGAAAAGACAAUAACAGGAUUUGUGAAAUAUUUAUUACAGGAUCUAAGUUGUGUUUGAUUAAUCAUGGUGUUUUGCCAUUUUGAUUGAAAUAAAAGUGUUACACCUGAACGUGUUCGCUCCUGCUCAUAUGAAAAGGAUGUAAAUGGUAUGGAAAUUGUUGUUAAUGAGGAUGAAAUCAUGUUUGAAUUUGAUUGGUCAAAUGUGUCCAAGCUGGACUCUGAUUGGCUGCAUCAUUACAAUAUGUUGUCUGCAGGUUGAAGCAAAUGAAGGAGCAUAUGGGACAGCAUGUGAAGUGAACAGUGACUGUCAACUAGGCUUUGUCUGUCUGUAUAAAAAGUGUGCCUGUGAUAAUAAUUAUUUCUAUGACAACAAAGGUGUUUGUAAGAAAAUUUGCAGAGGAUCAUCAGAAGGUUUGGUACGACAUGGAGAUUUCAACCACCAGUAUCUUCAGUACAAAAACCGUUACACAAAUUGUUCAUAUGUCGAUGGAAAUCUUGAAAUUACCAGUUUAGAGGGUGCCUACGACCUUGGAUUUCUCAAAGAUAUUGAAGAAAUUGAUGGAUAUUUGCUUGUUGUGAAUGUAUAUUCCAACUACCUAAAUCUUACCAAUCUGAGGAUUAUUCGAGGAAAUGAGUUAUUCCCCUUUAGAAAUGAUAAUUACAGUAUGUACAUUGCUCUGAACCAUAACCCGAAAAAUAUCUCACAGGGCCUGAUGGAACUUCAGUUUAAAAGUUUGACGGAAAUUGUCAAGGGCCAGGUGUACUUCCAGAACAAUAAUUUGUUAUGUUUUCUGAGUUCGAUAUCGUGGGAUGACAUCAAUCCAAACUCGUAUCCACAUUCCAAAAUCGUGUUUGACUCUCUAAAUUAUAAACGACAGUGUCCAUCAUGUCCAGCAGAUUGUUAUAAUCCACACACCAAACAUUAUCACUGCUGGGGAAGUUCACCAGACAUGUGUCAGAAAUUGAAUUACAUCAAGAAGGUAUGCAGCGAGACAUGUGAUGGUCGAUGUUUUGGACCUGAUCAGAAUCAGUGUUGUCAUCCGGAGUGUGCUGCAGGUUGUACCGGUCCUCGGAAAACAGAAUGUCUGGCAUGCAAGAACUUCAACAAUGACGGAGAGUGCCAUGCGUAUUGUCCACAGAUGAGGAUAUACGACUCCAAUCAAAUGAAGUGGGUAGAAAAUCCAGACGGUAGAUAUUCCUCAGGCUCCCUCUGUGUUAAGGAUUGUCCUAAUUACUUGGUAAAGGAUAAUGAUGCCUGUGUGAUUAAAUGUCCGGAGGGCAAACACGCUGACAAGUCCACCAACGUUUGUGAAAAAUGUGAAGGGCCCUGCCCAAAAAAUUGCCCUGGUGUUUCUGAAUCCGGUUUUCUACACAGCAAGAAUUUAGAAGAAUUCCGUGGAUGUACAGUUGUGGAAGGAAACUUGAAGAUCCUUAAAGUAUCUUUUGAAGGGGAUCCACAUGAGGGAACUGAAGGAAUCAAAGUGGAGGAUUUACAAGUAUUGAGUGAUAUAAAGGAAAUAACAGGUUUUGUUUCAAUACAAGAGGCACCUCCAACAGUUAAAGAUCUUUCCUUCCUCUCUGGACUGGAAACAAUUUACGGGCGGUAUCUUUCGAUGGGAUUAGGAAUUGCGGUAUUAAGCAUGGACGUUGAAUGGUUGGGGCUCACGUCUUUGAAAAAGGUUCGACGCGGCGACAUAGCCAUUGCGUGGAACGAGAAUCUAUGUUAUAUUGAGGACUUAGAUUUAAGUUCUAUUUUUGAAUUCCCCACCCAGCAGUUAAAGCUGAAAGACAAUAAGGACAAAACAGAGUGCGAUGCCCUCGGGCUAAAAUGUCACUCAGAGUGCUCCAGCUAUGGGUGCUGGGGCCCUGGGCCUGAUAAAUGCCUACAGUGCAAGACGGUCCGUAUGGCCGAGAAUAACACAUGUCUUGCCAGCUGCUUGGAAAUACCGAUGCUCUACCGUGCUGAAAAUAACACAUGUAAACAGUGCAAUGAGCAGUGUGCAGGAGGGUGCACAGGACCAGGUCCUGAUGAGUGCUUUGAGUGCAAGCAAGUGAAGGUCCUCGGCCAGAAAAACACGUUCGAAUGUAUGACAGAAUGUCCUUUAUCUUUAGGACAACCAUAUUUAUAUCCAGACGAGAACAGAAUCUGUCGACAGUGUGAUCUAUCAUGUGACGAAGGAUGUACUGGACCAUCAUCAGCAGUUAAAGUUGGUGGAUGUAAUACUUGCCUACUCGCAAUUAAUAAAACUUUGGAGAAUGACACUGUUAGAUGUUUACCAAGGGACCAGGACUAUUGCCCGAGAGGUUAUUAUGAGAAACAGUACAGAUCUGAUGUACCCCAUCCACUUACAAAGAAACAGGUGUGUCAACCUUGCGAUCAUCUGUGCUUGGAGUGUAAUGGGCCAGGGAACGCCAACUGUCCAGUGUGUAGAUAUUACCGCUACACAAACCGGUUUUCGACAUGCAUAGAUACCUGCCCACCAUCAUAUACAUAUCCUGACAACGGAGAGUGCCUACCAUGCAGUGACCAGUGCCUGGGGGGUUGCCAUGGGUCAAAUUCUACAGAAUGCGAAAACUGCCUCAAUUUCAAGGUUUUCAUUGAUGAGGAAUUGCAGUUGUUUUCAUGUGUGGAGAAAUGUCCUGAGAAUCUUCCACAUUUGGUUGAAGAUCAAGACCCAGACAAACCAACGAUGACUGUCUGCGCAUCUGAUGAGCAUCCUGCGGUCAUGGCUAGAGCUGCCGAAAAGAAGGAUGAAGAGAGAAAGAAAAUUCUUACUAUUGCCCUGCCUGUAUGUGGCGGUGUUAUUUUACUUGGAGGUUUGCUUGCACUGUUUGGUUACUAUUGGCGACAGAGAGAAAGAGCAAAGGAAAACACUCUGAAGUUGACGGCAAAAAUGACAGGUGUUGUGGAUACAGAGCCUCUAACCCCUACAGAUGCUAAACCUGAUCUGUCAAAGCUUAGACUUAUACGGGAGUCUGAACUCAGACGCGGAGGAAUAAUUGGAUCUGGAGCAUUUGGCACAGUGUACAAGGGUUUUUGGAUACCAGAUGGUGAAAAUGUGAAGAUACCAGUUGCAAUAAAGGUUUUACAAGAGGGAACGUCACCCAAUCAGAAUCAAGAACUUCUUGAGGAGGCACGAGUGAUGGCUUCUGUAGAACACCCAUGUUGUAUAAGGAUUCUGGCAGUCUGCAUGGCCUCACAGAUGAUGUUGAUUACACAGUUGAUGCCUCUUGGUUGUCUUCUGGACUACAUCAGAAAACAUAAGGAUAACACUGGAUCCAAGUCAUUACUGAACUGGUGCACACAGAUAGCUAGGGGUAUGGGAUACCUGGAGGAGAGGGGUAUUGUACACAGGGAUCUGGCAGCUAGAAACGUCCUAGUCCAAAGUGCUGGUCAGGUAAAGAUCACAGAUUUUGGUCUUGCCAAGCUUCUAGACUACAAUGAAGAUGAAUAUCACGCUUCUGGCGGCAAGAUGCCCAUUAAAUGGUUAGCACUGGAAUGUAUACAGAACAGAAUUUUCACACAUAAAUCAGAUGUUUGGAGUUAUGGUGUCACAGCCUGGGAAUUAUUCACGUAUGGUGCGAGACCUUAUGAAAAUGUACGAGCACGAGAUGUCCCUGACCUCCUUGAGAAAGGAGAAAGAUUACCUCAACCUGCCAUUUGUACAAUUGAUGUUUAUAUGAUUAUGAUCAAAUGUUGGAUGUUGGAUGCUGAAAGCCGUCCCUCAUUUUCUGAAUUAGCGGAAGAAUUUGCAAAGAUGGCACGCGACCCAGGACGUUACUUAGUGAUUCAGGGGGAUGAAUUGAAGAAAAUACCCUCGGAAGAGGUUUUAGAUGAAAUAAAAGUUGAGGCAGUCGCUGACAACAAGGACGAGGGAGAUAAACUAAUGCGAUUGCCGAGUUAUUCUUACGACAAAGACGACCUGGCCCGUCACCUGAGUGUGGCCGCUGAGGGACCAGAGGAAGUAAUAGAGGCAGAUGAAUACUUACAACCAGCCCCACCUGUACCAUUGCAAAUAGAAAACAAUAACUUCAAGGUGCAACAUCUUGGUGGGGCAACAAAUAAAGAGCAGCCUCAACUGAUUCGAGAAAAACGUUACGGACAUCUUGAGUCGGCAUCUGCUGCAAAACAACAGAGAGAUCUAUUGCCUAGCAACCGUCUCCGUGGAGAUAGCAUCAAUGGGAGAUAUAGUUCAGAUCCUGUAAAAUAUACCAGAAAUAGAGAUGACGUUGAUGGUAACGUAAUGUUGCGAUUUCCUAAAGUAGGUAACGGCAAUAUACCAAACAACCAGGCUAGAAGUCCUAAACCUGUAAGCCCACCAGUGAUGCAGUUACCUCUAGAUGAGGAUGACUACCUUCAGCCUAAGUCGGCAAACCCUAAAGCUUACUUGGACUUAGAAAACAGUAAAGACUAUUAUAUAAAUGAAAAACAAAUGUCUCCAGAAGAUGCCAUAGACAAUUAUUUAGUUCCAAAUCCUGUCCCGACAUUAUUCGAAAAUCCAGAAUAUUUUGAAGGUGACCCUAGAGACAGUGUUUUUAACCGGACUGCUGGUCCAUCACGGGACCGUAGUGUUAAACCUAAAGUAGCACCAAAACCAAAACGAUUAACAGACUACUACAAUGAUAUGGGUAUGAAUAGCCCAACGGAAGUUCGGCAAAACGAACCACUGUUAUCAAAUUGCUCAAACGGAGAAUCGGCUGUGUAGUGAUAAUUUAAUGUUUUAAAAAAUUAUUGUGAUAGUCAAAACUCAUGGAGAGUUCAAGAACAUUAUUCAGUGAAUCAUAUGUCUUGAAAAUAAAAUUUCAACAUUCACCGUAAUUAGAUGAAUGUGAAACAAGGACACCCAACUGGAUUAGUUCUAUUCCUGUUAGGUUACAAGGAAGUAUGGUCCAAAUGAGAAAAUAUUACAAGAAGAUGGGAUCAGAGAAGGCUUUCAUGGAAGUUUUGUUGACUGAAACAGACAAUCUGGAAUGAAAUAACCAUAAAUCUCACAUGCUGAGGUCCAUCAAAAGAAACAAAAACUUACUGGAUUGGAACCAUACAUUGUUUUGGUCUUUUCAAAACAGUUUGAAAUGACAUCAGUACAACUCCAUUUCAAAAUGAUGUCUGCUCAAAACCAUUUGAAAUGACUUCUGCCCAGAAGCAAUUCAAAUGACGUCUGCUCUGAACCAUUUGAAAGGAAGUCUGCUAAGAACAAUUCGAAGUGAUUUCUGUCAUGAAGCUAGUGAAAUAACAUCUGCUAUAAACCAUUUGAAAUGACGUCUGCUCUGAACCGUUUGAAAUGAUGUCUGCUAAGAAGCAUUUGAAAUUACUUCUGCCCCGAGAUGAUGUCUGCCUUAAACAGUGGGCAAAGUGCUAUGUUUUUAAAGCAUAAUGUGAGAGCGCUAAGCAGGAAAAUAAAAGAGUGCUUUUCAAACAUUAACCGUCCACGUAAUUAAUGUGCUAAAUUUUUAAUCUUGUGUGGAGGAGAAAUGGACCAUUGUUCACUGUUCAUGUUGCAUUUUUUAAUGCACGGUAGGAAAAACAUUGAUACUUAUGUGAUAAGAUUUGAAAAUGGCACAAGUUUCUGUCACUGUUGCAAUACCGUUGGUCUGUUAACAUUUUACUAUAUACUUACCAAUAGUGCAUUCAAUUUUAUCAUUCACGAUUAUCAUUUUUCGUGAACAGUGACUUUGAUGUACACUUACAAUAAUGUGAAUUGUUGUGAAUUACACCAUGUAGUUGUAUUAUGUUAUGUCAUACACAGUGCUAUAGUGAACUAUCUCAGCUGAUGUUUUCAUAUGCUUGCAUGUUAUAAUAUAUACUUGUUACCACCAUAGGCUAGGAGAGGUAUUCAUAGAAGGUUGAAAUGCAUGUUGCAUUCAUCCAAAAGAUGAAUACAUUUUGUAUGUUGUAUGUUGGAAUAUGUAUUCAUUUCAAAAGUUUGUAACUAUUUUCUAGAAAUGUAAGAAUAAUUUUGGUUUUUUUUACAUGUGGAAAUGCCUUUUGCAAUGGUAAACUUGUGAAGCUCGAAUAUACAGGAAAAUCAGGCUGUUAUAUACCAGAUUAUCAAGUUUGUUUUUGUAAUCAUUAUAGUAAUAUACUAUAUAACCUUAUAUAGUAUAAAUAAAUGCACCCUCUUUGAAAAGUUCAUUGUCUUAUGGGGAUGGGGGUAAUUUUAGUUUUGAGUAAGUGGGUGUAUGAGAGGUAGCUCAUUUUUUGUAUUAAAUCUGAAAAACUAAACCACUAGUCUAUAAAAAGUUGUAAGAAGAAGCAGGAGUCGAUCUUUAAAUCUGAAAACUUUUCAACUUGUAUUUUUUCAGAUGAUACUGUUCAUAAAUUGUUAAACUUGUAUGUAUCACAUAUUGUUCAAGUGUUUCCUAUUAGCUAUUGAUAUAAUAUGUUUAUGUUUAAAACUGAUAUUACUGUUACGCUGCAUUCAAGAGAUCUCAUUUUUUAGCUCGACUAUUCAUAGAAUAGUAGAGCUAUUGGACUCGCCCAUGCGUCGGCGUCCGCGUCGGCGUCCGCGUCCCGAUUUGGUUAAGUUUUUGUAUGUAAGCUGGUAUCUCAGCAACCACUUGUGGGAAUGGAUUGAAACUUCACACACUUAUUCACUGUGAUAAACUGACCUACAUUGCACAGGUUCCAUAACUCUAUUAUGCUUUUUUACAAAAUUAUGCCCCUUUUUCGACUUAGAAAUUUUUGGUUAAGGUUUUGUAUGUAAGCUGCUAUCUCAGUAACCACUUGUGGGAAUGGAUUGAAACUUCACAAACUUAUUUACUGUGAUAAACUGACUUACAUUGCACAGGUUCCAUAACUCUAUUUUGCUUUUUUACAAAAUUAUGCCCCUUUUUCGACUUAGAAUUUUUUGGUUAAGGUUUUGUAUGUAAGCUGCUAUCUCAGUACUCACUAAUUGGAAUGGAUUGAAAAUUCACAUACUUGUUCACUGUCAUGAUCUGACAUGCACAAAGCAGGUCCCAUGACUUUAUUUUGCUUUUUUUCAAAAUUAUGCCCCUUUUUCAACAUAGAAAUUUUUGGUUAAGUUUUUGUAUGUAAGCUGGUAUCUCAGUAUCCACUAAUAGGAAAGGAUUGAAAUUGCACACACUUGUUCACUGUCAUGAUAUGACAUGCAAUGCAAAGGGUCAAUGACUCAACUUCGCAUUUUACAAAAUUAUGCCCCUUUUUCGACUUAGGAGUUUUUGGUUAAAUUCCUAUUAUGUAAGCUGGUAUCUUAGUACCCACUAAUGGGAAUGGAUUGAAACUUCACACACUUGUCCACUGUCCUGAGCUGAUAAGCACUAUGCAGGUUCCAUAACCCUAUUUUGCUUUUUUACUAAAUUAUGUCCCUUUUUCGACUCGUAUUCAUUCAAUCGACAAGGCUUUUGAAUAGUCGAGCGUUGCUGUCCUCCGACAGCUCUUGUUUUCUUUGCAAUAAUGAUGAUAAUGCUACAGCAUUAGUUUGCACAGAAACACUAGUAAGAAUUUGUGAUUUACAAGUAGCUACUGAACAUAUAAACAAAGCUACACCUUAAUGAAUAAAGACAGUCACAAUGAAUAAGUCUUUUUGCAGGGUAGAGAUAGGGUGAUGUGGGGGUAAAAAUGCUUAAGUAGCUCUCAUUAUAAACUCAAAGUCUUUAUAUUGACUGGACCUAGCCUUGUAUUAGAUUUCAUGACAUUUGGGGAAGAGAUGGGGGUGGGGUGGGUGUAAAAAUGCUUUGGUAGCUCUCUGUAUGAACUAACAGUCUGUAUCGACUGGACCUAGCCUUGUAUUAUUUUUCAGGACAAUGUUUGCCAAAAUCAGCUUACACUUCUAAACGUUCUGACCAAACCCAAUGAAACAACAUUGUAUUUCUGACCUAACAGAACACCAUGUAGAAACCACCUGUAGUUGAUAAAUUUUAGAACAGGGACCAGCCUGUAAUUGAUACAUAUAGGAGAACACCAAGUAGAAUCCACCUGUACUUGAUUGUUUUAACCAGUAUAUUUAAAUGACAAGAUGUAAAACCCUUUAAUAGGGAAUGAAUACAUUAGACUAAAAUUAUUGAAAUAUUUUAUGGAACACUCUGGUAAUAUUUAUUCAUAUAUUUUAGACAUAACUCAAAAGAAUCCCAUAAAGUACCAUUUUUCACAGAUAGCUAACCUGUAACUGGACAGUACAAGGCCUAACAGUGGAUUGAUAUACAUGUAUUAGGCUUAAUAUAACAUUAACUUGAUGUGGGAUGUUGUGUUCUGCUCGACUUGGUUUUUGCUUAGUCUGGAUCACACAAGUUGUGCAACCUCGGGUGUGGUCUAGCAUGGUAAAAUCCACAAGAGCUGAUUACAUCCUAGAUAAAGUUACUGGCAUAUUUACCCCUAAAAUUUUUUCAUUUUUAUUUCAUGUAGCCAAAACUUUAAUUAAACUUCUCUGAAACAAAGAACUAUUUUUAACAGGUCAUGAAUAUCAAUAAAAGUAGUUCAGACACAGAAAAACAGGUGGAUUCCCACCUAGUGCAAUACAUAUGUAACACCAGUAAUAAAAAAAAAACAGAUGAAAUUGAAAUACUAAGAAAGGCUUCCAUUACAGAAAAUGUUUAUCAUGCAAAAAGUGUGGAUAUGAAAAAAACAGAUCUCCACUUUCUGCACUUAAGUGACAAUUAAUUUCUUAAACAUUUUUUUAAAAAAAAUGGUUUUAGGAUCUAAUAGUUACAUACAUCAAAAUUUGAUUUGUUUUUAUUCAUAUAUUUAUAACCUUGCUGUAUGUAUUACAAAGUCAUAGAAUUAUUUAUGAAAAAAUAUAAUGAUCAAUAAUAGAGAUUGGUUAAAAAAUAUUGUGUUCAUUAAGAUAAUUGUCUGUUUUGUUUUUGUAAUUGUUAAAUUGACACCAAUCAUUAUUUACACAUAUAUAUUCAUAUAUCAUACAUUUUUUUUAAAUUUUAAACAUUGAGUCAAAGUUUUAACAUUUGUCAGUUUGUGUCUACUAAAAAUCUGUUCUUGCAAUUAUUUAAAAUAACAUUUUAAAGAAAUUUUCAUGUAAUUAUUAACUAUAGUAAUAUUGAUUAUUUAAUUUACAACAAUUAUUUAUACAAUUUUUAUAUUUCUUAAAUUCAGCGGAUCAAAUGCUAUAUAUAUACUUAACUUACAAAAAUAGUUCCAGAUGGGUUUGUUUUUUUUUAUUUUUGUAUAAAUACCGUUAUUAAGUAAGCUGAGAGAGCCAGAAAAUUGUCUUUUUCUUUUUUUGAACUUGUGUACAGUUUAUAUUAGGCUUAGGUAAGCCAAAGAUUUCAAGUUCCUCCCUAUCAGUGCUAUCAGUGCUUUGAUUUUACAUUAGUUUUCACAGUUUGUUCAGAAAAUUGCUGUUCUUAUCUUUACAAGAGCUGUUGUUUGAAGUUUUCAAGUGUUGUAAGGCACCUUUGGUUGUGUCACGCUUUUAUUUUCAUCUCAUUGGGCCUAAAGCUCAUUUGACAUACUGUGAUCUAACUUUUGCUCCGUUGUUUAAAGCUUCUCACAAAGCAGUAAUGAAAUUUGAAGGGAUUAAACCAAUGUAUGUUACUACCUAUAGUGCUUUCAAAGAUAAAUAAGAAUGAUUAUUAACAUAAUAAAAAAACUAGUGAGUCAACCAAAAAUUGUUAAGAAUAUUUGACUGACAAAUGAUACAAUGCUAACCUGAUAACGGUAUUCUCGGGUAACUUUGAAAAGACAGAACUGUGACCAGAAUGAUAUACAUAAUAAUUUGGUAUUUUUAUAUGUCUAUACCAUGUGGUAACCCUUUUUUCACUGCCUACAACUUGUGUUUUUCUUGGCAGAUGUUUUAAUGUCACACUGGAUUCAGGCUACCAGUACUUCAGUGCUGUUAGAUCUAGUCAUUGUUGGAUGAAAUUAUUACUGAGAGAAUUUAUCUGGUUUGCACACAGAAGAAUUAGUCCUGCCAAGAUGUCCACUAGUGAUUAAGGGGUUGGUCUGGUUUUGCCAAAUCAGUAAAGCUGGAAGGCCAGUAUUUUUCUAUAGUUUUUAGGUGGUAAAGCCUGAUAGAAAUAUCUCUAAGCUCUUCCAUGGUCAGAAAGGGAAGUAACUAUCAUAGGACUGGCACCUAUCAGUCUUAAUCCACAGUCAGAAAAGGGAAGUAACUACUGUUUAUCUGGAACAUAUCAUUUCUGCUAAUGUCAGGAAGGGAAGUAACUUUUUGUCAUUUCUCUGUCACCGUCAGGAAGAGAAGUGAUUAUUUUGUAACCCAUUGUGAAAAAGGGAAGUAACUUUUAUAUAACUAGAACCAAUUAUUUCUCUGCCACUUUCAAAAGGGGAAGCAACUUUUGUUAACCUGGAACCUAUCAGUUCUCUUCCACGGUCAGAAAGGGAAGUAACCAUUGUACAGUUAGAAUUGGUGAGUGAUGCAAGAUGUUGUGAAUAUCUUGUUUAUUUUUUAAGAAAUCUUUUGUAUAAGUUGUUGUGACUCAAGUAGAGUUGUGAAUAAUGAAAUUAAAUUCUGAUCUCGUAAGUAUGUGCCAUUUUAGCAAGCUUGUCCUCAUAUGUACUCAAGAUCUUUAGAAAAGCCAAAUGUUAAUCAGUAUACCAAGUUCCAUUCAACUACACCUAUAAUAGUGUAAAUGCUUGUCUAGAAAAAAUAUCAUUAUUGCCUGUAGCAAGCAGUAUGACUGAAUUUCUGUUAAAUGUUGAAAUAAUUCAUGAAUGUUGUAUAAUUCUGCGAAACUGACAUAAUUCUGUAGUAGUUUGGCUUAAGUGAACUGAAAUGUAGCUGAUACAAGUAUACAGAAUGUUACAUUAAUUAUGACCUUGAAUGUCACAUGAUUCUAUGACAUUGAUAGAAUGAGCAGUGAAUGUCACAAAAUUAGUUUUAAAUGAACGUUUCACCAUUCUAGUGACAUUAAUAUUCGAAGAGCUUUUAUCAGCUUAAAUGUCACAACAGCCUGCCUGGUUGUGCUCUUGAGUUUAAAUCUAGUGCUUUAUUAUCGAUCAUAUAGUCAUGAUUUCAUGUAGUCAUAAUGUCUAUGCAAUGUUCCAUAUCUUUAAAAUAGAACGGAUGCUAAAGCUUCACAAUUCUCCUACAAAGGUCAAGGUCAGCAGUUAUAAAAACGAGUUUGGGAACCAGCUUCAAAAAUGCAACUUUAUUAUUUGUCAGUUUCAAGCUCGGGCUUGACAAAAACUAAUCAGAUACUAGGAUUUUGAGAUCAGUCUCCAGGCUCAGCAGAUGGAGUGGGGUGGGGAGGGAUUAUAAACUUGGACCCACAUUGUUACAAAAUCUAACCACCAGUAUCAAUAGAUAGUUUCAAAAGACAGUAUUUGGACUUUCUUUGAUACCAAACUAUAGGUCAACUACAUUACAUAUGACUGAAAAAUUGUUGAAAAAGAUGUUAAACCCGAACACACGCACACACUACAUUACAAUUUAGGCCAAACAGUAGUAUGAACAGUCAUUGACUGGUGUUAUAAAAGAUAUGAUAUUAGAAUAUGAGAAAUGAUUAAAAUGUUGAAUGUCACAGAUGUUACAUUUCCUGUUAUGAACAAAUAAUACGUUGCAUUUCCUGUUAUGAACAAAUAAUACGUUACAUUUCCUGUUAUGAACAAAUAAUGUGUUACAUUUCCUGUUAUGAACAAAUAAUACGUUACAUUUCCUGUUAUGAACAAAUAAUACAUUACAUUGUACAACACAUUUCACAUAUUGAAUUAACAUUGUUACAUUUUGCAUAAUGUUACAUAUUCUUGUGUUACAUUUCACUUAAUGUUACAUUUCACUUUGUGCGAGGAAUGGUACAGAAUAUGUUGCAUAAUUAAUAAAAUUAAUGUGUUACCUUUUAUAUGCCUCAGAUUCAGGCAUUUGAUAUUAUUUCAUAGUCUCAUUGCAUGUAAUAAGUUGUGCGAGAGGUUUUGUACAGAAAUUGUAUAUAUACAUAGUGUACUGUAAGAUCAGUUAAUUUUGCGGUCACCGAAUUUCGUGGUUUUGACUAGAGUGGCACUUUCAUUAGGAUAUAAAUUCUUGAAUUUUGACCUUUGAACAUAAAAUGAAUGGGAAUUUUUCUUAUUUAUUGGCAUUUAACUUCAUUGGUUGAAUUAACCACAAAAUAUUAAGUUCACGAAUAUUAAUAACUUUACAGUAUUUAACAAGACUAAAAAGACUAAAACCUUUGUCUAAUCUGUACUAAUUUCUUUUUUUUUAAACAAAACUUUAUUUAUAAAUAUAGUAUGGUAAUUUUUUUUUUAGAAAUGAAUGUAUUCCAUUUUUAUGAGAAACACAGAUUCAGAUAGAUUUACUUUGGAAAUGAUGCGAUGAAAAAGAGGUCACAGAUCGAGUUAAGAUUUCUUCUAAAGUAUAAACAAUUCUGUCCAAAACCCCACAAAUAUUAUGUUAUCACUUGUAUAUCCUGUUACAUUUUUGACAUAUUUAGUUAUAUAAUUUUUUAUAGAUGCUUUUUUUUGUUAUACUGAAGUAGCCUCUGUCAGGAACAUAAUUUUGAACAACAUGAUGUGUACUAAAAUGAAUUAAACUGUUCUUGAAUAUUU